AUGCGUAAGUUCGACCACUCUAUUGAGAGACAAUAUUUAACUAAUGUUACGAUUGGUAGAUCAUCAAAUGACUUCAAAGAGCAAACUAGCUCCCUACGAACCCAGUACGAGGACCUCUCACGUCAAUUCCAUGGCGACAAUGCACCCUCCCUAUCCACCCAACCAAACUAUGAAGAUCUGGCCCAAGACUUCAUUCGUGCAAGCAGCACUCCGUCCAUCCUCAAGCAUCCUACACCACAACACCCGGUCUCAAAGUCUGUUCGUUUCACGGACACUUUAACCGCUAGUGCUGAAGAGCAUGACCCCAACCGCGAUGCCCUGCUUAGACCAUAUUCUGACUCCCCACAGCCUAGCUUCGACCCUUCAGAAGCUACAAACCAGGAAAUUCAUGAUUAUCACAGCCAGGUCAUGCAGGAACAAGAUGACCACUUGGACCGUCUGGGUGAGUCAAUUGGGCGCCAGCACCAGCUGAGUAUCCAGAUUGGAGAUGAGCUGGAAGGGCAAGUUGCCCUUCUGGAUGACAUGGACGGCCAUGUUGAAAGACACCAAGGCCGGUUGGAUGGAGCAAGAAGAAGCCUCGGGCGAUUUAGAGAAAAGUCAAAGGGAAGCAAGGGUAUGAUGACCAUCAUUGGACUGAUCAUCGUACUGGUGAUUUUGAUCGUGAUUCUCAAGUGA